AUGUGUUUAUAUUACUUUUGAAAUUUAUGUUUUUCUUUUUUCAGGACAAAAACAUGAGUGACAUGGAUCUCGACAGCUUUUUGAUACCGAAAGAUGUUAUGGUGAAUGAACCGGUUCUGUGCUCCACAGUUGUUUCUGAUUUCAAAGAGAAUUCGGUUUCAAAAACUGAAGGCAAGGGCAAAUCAAGUGUUGAUUGUGAUGUAGAUUCAACUAUGAAGGAUGACCCGAAGGCGAAAACUGUUGUUAAUGUUAAUGAAGACAUAUCUUUAAAGGUUGUAUUUGUCCUACUUAAACUAUUAUUUUUUAAUUUUACUGAAUGUGUUUAUAUUACUUUUGAAAUUUAUGUUUUGCUUUUUUCAGGACAAAAGCAUGAGUGACAUGGAUCUCGACAGCUUUUUGAUACCAAAAGAUGUUAUGGUGAAUGAAC